AUGAAAACAUUCAUUUUAUUUCUUAUUUUUUCUUUAUCAUAUGCUUAUAAUCAUGAAAAUUUCAAACAAAUUAACAGUAAAGAACAAUUAAAUGAUUUUAUUCAUUCAUCUACAUUAAAUGUUGUUGUUUUUGUCGAUAAACAAUCAUGCAAUGAUGAUAAAUGUCGUCAAGAACGUACUGAAUUAGAACAAAUUCGUGAUCUAUGCACCGGUGAAAAUAUUCAAUUUGCUCUUUCAACUAAUUCUGAACUUGCUGAAAAACAAUUUAAUAUUUAUGGUUCAUCACCAAAACUCUGCUUUUUUAGAGAUGGAUUUCCAAUUAUUUAUUCAGAUUCAUUAUCGAAUGUUGAUAGUAUUCAUGAAUGGUUUGGUGAAGUACGACAACGAUUAACACAUACUUUAGAUGACAAAACAUUUGAACAUGAUACACAAGCAUCAACUGGUUCAACUACAGGUGAUUGGUUUAUUCUAUUUAAGAAAAGUAAUGAAUCGCAUAGUUUACUUCCUGUUUGGGAAGCUACAUCUCUACAUUUUCGAAAUCGAGCAAUUCUCGCCUAUGUUAAUAUUGAUACAAAUCCAAAUAUACAAAAACGAUUUCAUAUAUUUAAUUACCCGACAUUUAUAUUAUUCAAACGUGGUAAAAUGUAUCGAUAUGAAAGUACAUCUUGGAAACAAUCUGCAUUUACGGAAUUUCUUGAAAGUGAUUAUCAAAAAGUAAAAGCGGAAAUUAUUCCGCCUGAACCAAGUGCUUUUUCGUCUUCGUUUGGAACUGCAGCUAAAAUAAUUCCGAUGUAUUUAAUAGUAAUACCAAUGAUAUGCCUCGUUGCUGUUCUUCUUGUUCUCGUUUUUAUGAGUCGUUUUACGAAAAAAAAGCAAACAACUACUGAACGAACACCAUUUCAAGUGAAAAUCGAUUAA